UUUUCCACUCCUGUUUCCUCCCCCUCUCACACACAGACACACACAGAGCCACACAGGCAGGCAGGCAGGCAGGCCCCCAGCCCUGCAAGUCACAACUCCCAACAACGACUUGUGGAGGGAGAGAGAGAGAGAGAGAGAGAGAGAGAGAGAGAGAGAGAGGAGAAGAGCAAGAGAGAGAGAGAGGGGAGGGAAAGAAGACGAGAGAGGAGAGGAAAGACACACAGAGAGAGAGAGAUAGCCAGAGAGAGAGAGAGAGAGAGAGAGAGAGAGAGAGAGAGAGAGAGAGAGAGAGAGAGAGAGAGAGAGAGAGAGAGAGAGAGAGAGAGAGAGAGACAGACAGACAGACAGACAGACUCCCCUCUUCAAAGAACACAAGAGUUGUGUGUCAGCAGUGGAAACUAGUUGGACUGUACUUUUCCUACAAACACGUGGAUGGAAGGAACUUCCCCAGACUGGUAAGUAAUCUGAGCUGAGAAGAUGUGGUGCUAACAGUUUGAUGUGGGGAAGGCAGACUGCGCACCGAAAGGAGGGAAAAGGACAGACUUCUGCGCAACAGUUUUAAUGGCACAGACCCGCUAAGGAGGCCGUGGGGCAGGAAGAGGAUGUUUACCUAAGGAACCUGUCUCUCUAGGAAGCCCAUGUUUCCAGCGGGGUCAAUAUGAUGGGACACAGACACUCCGCCUCUCAAACACGUCGGACGCCCAAAACUGCUUCCUGCGAAAGUGCCGCGAGCCCGUCGGAGGCGUCUACCCGCCGGACUUGACCGGAGUCGAGGCCGAACGGGAACGCAUCCUACAAGCGGACCGAAAGGGGAGGGGGAGGGAAGGAACGCGGCGCAAUCGGGGUCCCCCCCCCCACCCCCCCCCCCACCCCCCCACUUUAGCAGAGAUGUUCGUGAACUUCCGGCGCAUCCGGAAAUGCCAGUGCGUGCAGCUGGCGGCCACGUGCUUCGUGGUGUCCCUGCUGAUGGUGUGCUGGGACCAGCUGGAUCACCACGUGGUCAGUCACAUGCGCUCCUACUCCUACCGAUACCUGGUCAACAGCUACGGCUUCAUCAACAGCAGCUUCGCCCUCCGGGAGGGGGAAGCGUCGGCCGAGCACCGCUACCUCCUCAACCACCCGGAGCGCUGCGCCGGGUCCGAAGUCCUGCUCCUGCUCUUCGUGAAGUCGUCGCCGGAGAACCGGGAGCGCCGCCAGGCGAUCAGGGACACCUGGGGCAAUGAGAGCUACGUGGGGGCCACGCAAGGGGAGAGCGUCCGGGUGUUGUUCGUGCUGGGGGUGAGCCCGGACCCGGAGCCCCAGGAGAGGAGGAGGGUCCAGAGGGAUCUGGAGCUGGAGGACCAAUCUUACGGCGACCUGAUCCAGCAGGACUUCCUGGACACGUUCCACAACCUGACCACCAAGCUGCUGCUGCAGUUCCGCUGGGGCCACGCCUACUGCCGCCACGCCCGCUUCCUCAUGACGGCGGACGACGACAUCUUCGUGCACAUGCCCAACUUGGUCCGCUACCUGCGCGGCCUCGUCCGGAGCGGCGCGGCCAAGGACUUGUGGGUGGGGCAUGUCCACGUGGGUGCCCCGCCCAUCCGGCGCAAGGACAGCAAGUACCACGUGCCGCACGAACUGUACCCCUGGCCUUCCUACCCGGACUACACUGCCGGGGCGGGGUACGUGGUCUCCGGCGACGCCGCCGCCAAGAUCUACCAGGCCACUCUGCGGCUCAACUCGUCCAUGUACAUCGACGACGUCUUCAUGGGGAUCUGUGCCAACGCCGUGGGCGUGGCCCCCCAGGAGCACGUGUACUUCUCGGGGGAGGGCAAGGCUCCGUACCACCCCUGCAUAUACGACCACAUGAUCACCUCGCACGGCCACGCGGACGACGUGCGCUCCCUGUGGCGGGCGGCGACCGGGCCGGGGGCGCGUCGCGCUUCGGCGGGGGUGUUUGGGAAGUUGUACUGCGCGGCGGUGAGAGUUGUGCUUUUGUGCAAGCCGUACUAUCAGAAUACCUACCCCUGCAAGGCGGCCUUCUCCUAGCUUCUUCUGGACUGUUCCGGGGGGGGGGGGGCUGCCCUGCACACUUGUCAUAAGACAGCAGUACAUUGAUCUCUGAUGCUUUCUUUUCUAAUUCAGUGUUUGAGCCAAUUGUUCCUGUACUACCAAUAAAUCCCAAAGCUAUUUUCUCAAGCA